CUUGUUACUCUUUUAGUCAUCAAACUAAACCACAUAGCCCUCAAUUAUAUUAAUCGAUCAUGAUGAUGGCUCCCAAAAGGCAAGCAUUUUCUUUUAUCAUUUUGUCCCUCUUGGCAUUAUCCUUCACAUCCAUCAACGCUGCCAAAGGUGGGAUUGCCGUUUACUGGGGCCAGAAUGGUGGUGAAGGCACCUUGAGCACCGCAUGUGACACCGGAAACUAUGAGAUUGUGCUCCUUGCUUUCCUCAACCAGUUCGGCUGCGGCAGAACCCCAUCAUGGAACUUUGCAGGCCAUUGUGGUGACUGGAGUCCCUGUACCAAACUCCAACCUGACAUCGAAAACUGCCAACGAAAAGGCGUCAAAGUGUUCCUCUCUAUCGGAGGAGCAAUUGGACCCUACUCCCUGUGCUCAGAACAAGAUGCACACGAAGUAGCCAACUACCUCUAUAAAAAUUUCCUUAGCGGCCAAUAUGGGCCGCUAGGAAGUGUCACAUUAGACGGCAUUGAUUUUGACAUCGAAGGCGGUACAAACCUCUACUGGGAUGCACUUGCAAGGCACCUCGACGCUUUGAGACACAAAAACAAGUACUUCUCCUUGUCCGCCGCCCCGCAAUGUUUCAUGCCGGAUUACUACCUUGACACAGCUAUCAAAACUGGCCUUUUUGAUUAUUUGUUUAUUCAGUUCUACAACAACCCUCCAUGUCAAUAUGAUACAUCUAGAGGUGAUGCCACUUUGCUUCUUCAAUCAUGGGCACAUUGGACCUCCUAUGUUCACCCGAAUAACACGGUGUACAUGGGACUACCAGCAUCAACCGCUGCGGCUCCAAGUGGCGGUUACAUACCGCCGCAAGAUCUGAUUUCUAAGGUACUUCCUUACAUUAAACCAACUCCCAACUAUGGAGGAAUUAUGCUGUGGGACAGGUUCAAUGAUGUCCAGAAUAACUACAGCAAUCAGUUUAAGGAUCUUGUUCCAAAAUCUGUGUUGGGGUUUGUCACGGCGGUUUCGGAUGCGGUAUCUGAGUUAGUGGCGGAAGCUUUGAAACGCAUCUUACCGAAACAAUAUUAGAAUCUGCAGGAUCUGAUCAGCAAGUAUGUAUGGAAUAAGUAAUCAUCACCUGGUGCCUUUGUGAACCCUUGUUUUGAUUUCCUAAGUAGUAUGUAUGUACAAGUAUCCAACUACGCGAUUCAGAGCAUGUGUUUGUUCUCAUGCUCUGGAAUUUUAAUUUGGACCUGCAGUUCCUUGAGGUUGUGUGUAUCUCAAGGUCUUUAUCAUCGUGAAUAAACUUUGGCUUUAGAAAAAUAA